AUGAGGGGCUUGCGGUACUUGCACCGGGCAGUUCAUCGACGUCCUGAAGCGCUGGUGGGACAUGGAGGCGCAGUCUUUUUGCAGCUGCAGAGGCUUCGCAUGUUCUCUGUCUUCAGGCCUAUGGACGCUUUGUACGAGGGACAAGAUUACGCUCGUCAAGUGGAGAAGAAAUUUAGUGAGCUCUCUGGGAAAACCCCAUGGGAGCCCGAUAUCAAGUACUUGAAAGGCUUCAAGAGCCGCUUGCAAGGCCGGGAGCCGACGCUGAAUGAACUGGUGCGCGACGAUGUACCGGCGGCUCGAACUUUGUUCCGGAACGUCUUGCAACGUCAGUAUCCAAAGGAUAUGGGCAUGUGGAACAAGUGGGGCGUCAUGGAGUGGAAGGCAGGGAAUUACGGGCUGGCAAGGAUGAUCUUUUCGAAAGCGUCACGAAUCUCAUUUGACGUCGAGCUGUGGACAUCGUGGGGAUCAAUGGAGCUCGAAGCAAAGAAUUUGCAGGAAGCCAAGCGCAUUUAUAAAGUGAUUUUGGCGACUGACCCGCAGAACCCAAUGGCGGGACUAGGGAUGGCUCUUUGGGAAGUUCAGGCAGGACAUCCAGAUGAAGCACGUGAGAGAUUUCAGGAACUCAUGGAAGAACAUCCAAAGGACGUGUUGAUUAUGCAAGCUUAUGGUGUGUUUGAAGCCAAAUGUCAACACGUCGGGAUGGCUCGAAGCAUUUUCCAGAACGCUGUGUCGCAUCCGCGAGCUACCGGCCAAGUCUGGCACGCAUGGGCCAAAGCAGAGUAUGAUGCUGGGCUGUACAAGAAUGCGCUGGCCGUGAUAUCUACUGCGUUUGGGCGCUUUCCAACACACAAGUGGCUUAUCUUGCUGGGUGCUAUGGCCCACUUCAAGCUUGGCGACGUGUAUGAGGCACGGCGUGCGUAUCGCCGACUCAUUGACGGUGGACUCUUUGUGGAACCGUCAGCCUACAACUCGUAUGCAAAAAUGGAGGAGGAGCUGGGUAAUGAGGAUGCAGCCGUAGGCUUGUACAUAGAAGCUUUGGAACAGCACCCUGACCAUGUGCCCAGCCUCAUGUCGCUCGCAGUUUUAUACAAACGUCGCGGGCGCAUGCGCAACGCACGCAAAGUGUUUGAAAGUGCACUUGUCAAGCUUCAGCACACCGGUCCUGUGUUGCAUGCUUUUGGUGAUUUCGAGGAGCAACACGGAGAGCUCAACAAUGCACGAGAGUUAUACGAUGAGGCUACAAAAGUACAGCCAACGGUCAUUGAGUCGUGGCGUGCGCUAGCACGUGUCGAAGCCAGAUUGAAGAAUUAUGAAGCAGCACGUUCAGUGCUGACCAUGGCAUCACAGCAUGUACCUAACGACGCACCUUUGCUGAUUGAGUUGGCCAAGAUUGAGCAGCGGAAUCGCCGCUUUCCGGCAGCUCGUGAGGCAUUGGAGAAGGCACUUAAGAUCGACCCGUCGGACGCAUCUGUGUGGAAUUUGCGCGCGUUGUUGGAACUGUCAGUAGACCCGGAACGUGCAAAGACGAUUGUGGAAAAUGCUUUGUCGGUGGUUCCAGAGUACGAGAAAACGAGUUGGAGCAUUUUGAUGUGUACAUACGGCCGUAUAUUUGCAGCUUUGGAGGAUUAUCAGCAGGCAGUUGCAGCCUUUCAGCGAUCUUUCAAGUUGCGGCCGAAAAAUUGGGAGACGCAUUUAAUCUAUGCUGAUAGUGUGCUUACACCAAACGAAGCGUGGACCGAAUCUGUGAAACAUCUUACGGCUUCGCGCAAGCUGCUUCCUAAGACUGAUAGGAGACGUGCUAAUGUCGAGCGCAAACUACGUGCUGCUGAGGCAAUGGCAAAAGCGAGUCAGAAUAACAAGCAUACUGCCGAUGGGAACAGUGAGGAUAGCCGGGAAGAAGAGGAAUUUUAG